UGAAGAAACAUCUGGCCAAGAAGUCUGAAGCUGAGAUUCAGCAUGCAAAGUUUGAAAUCUUACUCAAUAAAUGCCUUCAAGAAUGCCAGCCCAGAUAUGAAGCCCUUGAAAAGAAGCAUAAUGAGUGUCAUCAUCUGAUUGCUGAAAUUGAUAUGUUGCGGGCUAAGUGUGAAGCUCUUACCAACAAAUGUCUUCAGGAAUGUCAACCUAAGUAUGAAGCACUUAAAAGAAUUUUAGCUGAAGAGACCGCUGAGAGGAAGCGAUUCUAUAAUGAACUGAUUGAAGUGAGAGGGAACAUUAGGGUUUUCUGUAGAUGCAGGCCACUCAGCCCCGAAGAAACUUCCAAGAGUUAUAAUUCUGUGGUAGAAUUUGAUCCAUCUAAAGAUACUGAGUUGCAAAUUACCUGUACUGACUCCUCAAAAAAGAUAUAUAAAUUUGAUCAUGUUUUCAGUCCCAAAGACGACCAAGAAGCUGUAUUUACUGAGACUUUGCCAAUUGUGAAAUCUGUAAUGGAUGGCUUCAAUGCUUGCAUAUUUGCAUAUGGGCAAACUGGGACUGGGAAGACAUUCACUAUGGAAGGAACUCCCGAAUGUAGAGGUGUGAAUUAUAGAGCCUUGGAAGAACUUUUCAGGAUUAUGAAAGAGAGAAUGGUCUUAAUGCAAUAUGAAUUUUCAUUUAGUAUGUUGGAGGUGUAUAAUGAGAAAAUCAGGGAUCUUCUGGCAGAUAACUCCGAUUUAAAUGCCAAAAAGUUGGACAUAAAGCAAUCAGCAGAAGGAACUCAGGAAGUUCCUGGGCUUGCUGAAGUUCAAGUACGCAGCAUAGAUGAGGUGUGGGAGAUGCACAAAUCAGGAGGAAGAAAUAGAUCAGUUGGGUCAACUAAUGCUAAUGAGCUCAGCAGUCGUUCUCAUUCGUUGGUCCGUUUGAUGGUCAAGGCAGAGAACUUGGUGACUGGGGAGAGGAGCAAAAGCUUCCUGUGGUUGGUGGAUUUAGCAGGCAGCGAACGUGCAGGCAAGAUUGAAGCUGAGGGAGAGAGGCUUAAGGAAUCACAGUUCAUAAACAAAUCCCUCUCAGCCCUUGGUGAUGUUAUAUCGGCUCUUGCCUCUAAGAAUUCCCACAUUCCAUAUAGGAAUUCAAAACUAACUCAUUUGUUGCAAAGUUCUUUGGGUGGGGAUUGCAAGACUUUGAUGUUUGCACAGAUUAGCCCUAGUUUAGCAGAUUUAGGAGAGACUCUUUGUACUCUUAAUUUUGCUAGUAGAGUGCGUGGAGUUGAGCAUGGCCCAGCCAGAAAGCAGCCUGAUCCUGCUGAUAACUUCAAGCUCAAGCAGAUGGUUGAAAAGUUACGGCAGGAAGAAAAAGAAGUGAGUAAACUCAAUGAAAGCUUGCAGAUGAUGCAUAUCAAAUACGCAUCACGAGAAAAUAUUUUUAAGACUCUUCAAGAAAAGAUCCGAGAAUCUGAACAAGCAUGUAAGAAUUAUCAACAAAAGAUCAAGGACCUGGAAAACCAGCUAGCUGAAGAGAAGAAAGGCAGAACCCAUCUCACGGAAACAAAUGAAAUAUCUAGAUCUUUUCGACCACCAUGUGCUCUAUCCAAGCAAAGGCCACCACUAGCUAGAAUUACAAAUAGACUACCUCCUUUGGCUCCUCCUCAUAGAACAGAAAAAUCUUCUCUUAAAAAUAUGGAGAAUGCUUGCUCAAAUAUCAAUGAUGCCACCAGAAGCUUCAAAACCAAGCAUCUUGGAAGAGCUAGAAGAAUCUCAUUGUCUCCAGUUGUUUGCAAUAUAUCAAAAAAUAGGAGGGCCUCAAUUGCUGCUACUGAACUAGAAACAUUAGCAACAUUGUCUGAGAAACAUAAUAUGAACCAUGCCAGUGUUACGACAAAACUAUCUCAGUUAAGGAUACCAAGGAGGAGAUCAGUGGCUACAUUUACUCCUUUUCAAGAGACUCCAAAAAGCAAAGAAGGGAAAUGCAUUAACAGCUUCAAAUACCCUAGCACUUCACAGUUGCAAAGCUUGUGGAAAUCCAGGGUUCCCAAUCUUCCUUCUCCAAUGCAGCAAAAUCAUAUUCAAUCCAGGCUUACCAACCUUCCUUCUCCAUUACAGCGAAAUCAACUUUUCUCUAGCGGUGCGGUAAACAGCGCUCAACAUCUGAACAAAUUAUGUUAUAGCAUUCAGAAGAGAGUCAUGUUGGGAUCACCAGCACAAGGAAGGCCAAGCAAAAUUUUGGAGUCCAGGUUUAACGAGGCUGCCCUUCAAGCAAAGGAGAUAGUAGGACGGUUUGGAACUGCUCAGCGAGUUUUGAUUAAGAACCGUAGGAGAAGUAUCAUGUAG